AUGAUUCAUUCCGCACAACUUUCCGGCAGCCGAUACGCUGAACAGCGGAAAGAGCUUCUAGAGCUCGUUAAGCAACUAAGAGCCAUCGGUGCGCAAGCCGAGGUUGAUCUGCCUCGCAUCGUCGUUAUCGGCAACCAAUCCGCCGGUAUGUAUCGAAUGCUGACAGAAACCCACCGUCACCACCAGAUCAAUGUUCCUCGAGACUCGGGGACAUGCACUCGAUGCCCGAUGGAGUGCCGGCUUACCUCGUCAACGGGUCCGAGAUGGUCCUGCCAGGUGUCUAUACGAUGGGAGUUUGACUCCUACAUGCAGCGCAAGGAGGAGGUGACGGAGGUGCCAUUCGGAGGGUUGAUCUUGAACAAGCAAGAGGUCGAGCUGGCUCUGCGCCGCGCUCAGGCUGCCGUGCUCAACCCCCACAUCGAUGCCAAGCAGUUGCUCGGUAUGAGCGCAGAGCAGCUCCAGAAGGGCAUCAAGUCGGACAAGAAACCCUUGGCGUUCUCGCGCAACGUCGUUUGCGUCGAUCUCGAAGGCCCUGAUCUGACCGACCUCGCCUUCAUCGAUCUGCCGGGUGUGUAUAUCUCGUUCUCGUGGAUCAUACAAAAUGCGGAGCCGGACAUCGUCAAGCUCGUAGAAGACCUGGUCGUCUCCCAUAUCAAGGGAAACUCGCUUAUCCUAGUAGCGCUUCCGAUGAUCGAUGACAUUGAGAACCAGAAGGCACUUCGCUUGGCCCAUCAAGAAGAUCCCCAGGGGAAGCGAACGAUAGGCAUGUUUUUUGCAUCGCGGUCACUGUGUUCUCAGACGCCUGAUUGGACCCCUUCGAAUUUUCCAAGGCGUGCUCACCAAGCCGGACAUGCUCAGCGCGGGCACGAAAGCUCGCAAUCUGUGGCUAGACGUUAUAGAAGGCCGCCGAAGCCCCCUGCUGCACGGGUACUAUUGAUGCCGAAAAUCAGCGCAGAGGCCUCCGCAUGCCUGGAUGCAUGCCAGCGGGAAUUGGCCAAACUGCCUGAGCCUUUGGAUGCCGAUCCGGCGACAUAUAUGCUCAGCCUCAUAACGUCUUUUACGAGCGACAUCCAGCGCUACGUUCGGGGAGUAGAAGGAGCGGAAGCACUCAUUCAACAGAAUAGGGCCAUCUUCGCCAAGUUCGAGAAGGACAUUCACUCCACGUCCCCACAGUUUAUUCCUUUGUCGAGAGAGGAAGAACAAAGAGAACAGAGUCAACAAUCGGCGACUCCUGCUAAACGUUCUCCUGUGUCUCCGAUUGAUACAAAACCAAGCACAGAAAAACUGAACGCCGUCGGCCCGCCCUUCUACCUUGAGGAUAUGACGAGACACAUUGAAGAGUCGGUCACUCGAGAAUUGCCGAACAACGUUCCCUACCCGGCCAAGGUCUCUCUCAUCGGCGAGUUCCAAAAGUCGUGGCCAACGGCGGCCGACGAGUGCUUCACUCAGGUGCGGGAGGUUGCCCUGCGAGUCUUUAUAGAACGUGUGAACCACCAGUUCGGGAGGUGGGACCACCUGCAAGCGCAGAUCGGAUACAUCGCCGAGCUGGUCAAAGACCACCACGAACGCUGUCGAGUGUUCAUCGAUACCUUUUUGGAGAUCGAGCGCACUCCAUACACGCAGAACGCGCAGCACCUGCACAAGAAGCGUGAAGGGUGGACCGGAAAGUAUAAGGAAAAGCGGGCAGGAAAGACUGGGAAAGACAUCCUCCCGCUGGACAACCAGAAGUUUAGCAGAGCGCUCGCAUCGCUCACAGAACUCGGGUAUACAGGGUUGAAGCCUGAAGAUCUAGCGCGACUCACAAAGCAGACCGACUACGAGUCGGAGAUCAAUAUCAUGGGCGAGGUGCGGGCGUAUUUCGACGUGGCUUACAAGAGGAUCAUUGACAACAUCCCCUCCGUCAUUGAUCUCAAGUUUCUGAAAGCCGUUAUGAACGACCUGCAACCAUUCCUGAUCAAGAAGAUGGCUCUUGGUACGCAUGCUGGCGCGUCGCGAUGCGAGAGAUUCCUUGCGGAAGACCCGGACGUCCUGCACAACCGAAAGGACCUCACUCAGCGCAAGGACAGGCUGGAGGCCAUCAAGGGGAAGCUAUACAGCUUUGGAAUGUGAAUCUCCGCGCCUGAGACCCUUAGCUAUCGUCUUCUUGUUCACCGUGUUUGAUGGACAAGCAUUGCUGUAACGUUUGGAAUGUGUAAUACGAAUACUGUUUGGAUUGG